AUGUAUCUAAGGCCAACGAAUCGCACACUCACAUGGAAGCUUCACUACAAUCAUUCCUUAUAUGAUCCAACAAAAAUUCGUGAAGACAUUCAACAAGCAUUCGACGAUUGGGCUCGCUAUACUGAAUUAACUUUUCGUGAAUUACUGACUGAAGAUGAAAAGGCUGAUUUCAAUUUAGCAUUUGUAUCUGGUGAGCACUCAUAUGGUAUUCCAUUCGAUGAACUUGGCGGACAAAUAUCUCGUAGUUUUCCUCUCGAACAUCCUCAUGUUGGACAUAUUCAUUUUGAUGCAACUAAAAACUGGUCUCACACGUAUGAUGGUGUUGGUUACAACUUGCGUUUAGUUGCUGCACAUGAAAUAGGAUCUAGUCUUGGUCUUCCAGAUUCAAAUGAUCAAAAUUCAAUCAUGUCUUCACUUUAUCAACCGAUCCUAUCAAAUGAAAUGUUACUCAAAAAGGUUUCUAUAAGAAUUCUUUUUCUUCUCCUCUUCAAAUCUAAACUAGAACUUGAUCAAACUACCAAAAAUGCUCAACUUAGAUCACUCAACUCGUUUCUUUUUCAAGAAUCUUCGGUAACAUAA